UUUACUGUCAUACCGACCAGAAAAUUGCUACGAAAAGAUUGACUUUCCGAAAAAUCAGUUCUGAAUUGAAAUAAUAAAUUUAGUUGUCAUUAGUCAUCAGCAAAGUCGUAGCAAAAAAAAAUUUAAUGAUAAACGGAAAGGGAAAUGAGAUAAUAGUAUUUUGACGCUUAUCUUCUUGGGUAUUCUUAUUCAAGAAACUUUUAUAAAGGCUGUAGUGAUCGAGUGAACGUUGCUAAGUCUGAACCUGUGGUCGCUGUAAUUUUUAAUAAAUGGCGAUAUUCGAUUUUGGUAGAAUCGAAGGUUUUCCAUCGCGAUAUACACCGAACGAAUUGCCAGUAUUAUUUGACGUGACGGAAAUAAUCGUCAUAGUAUUUUUUACUAUUAUAGGAAUCGCUUAUUUCAGUGUCAUAUCGGGUAACAGUAAAAAACAGUGUAUUUACACGUGCGUGAAAGUGAUGUCCAGCGUUACAAUAGGAUGUUUGUUAGUUGUGGAAAAUUUUGGGCAAGAAUGGGAGGUGGGUUUCGCGAAAACUAGAGCUCCUUAUCGAGCUGGUGAAGAGUACGAAAUCGAGGCUCUCAUAGGCAUGAAAAUAGGCUUACGAUCAGUGAACGUCACUUUACAAGGUAAAGGAGAAGAUGGAACACCUCUCGCGAAAGAAACUAUUAACUAUAACGAAAGAUUUUGGUGGACCUGGGAUCAAGGAAAAUUUGGAUUUGGCCCAUACGCUGGGCUUUUGCAACGAAACUAUCGAGAUGCACAAAAGAGAGGCUUACCCAUACCGAUUCUUUGGACCGUCGAAUAUUUGACGAUCGAUGGCGAAGGUAUACGUUUUGGUAGAUUCUAUCGUACUGCUGGCUGGUAUUGUCACAUCUUGUUAUGGGCAGCGUUUGCUGGAUGGAUAUUGGCCAACAUAUUUUUACAGACCGUGGGUCGAUACGCGGCAUAUUUUACCGCGACAACUGGUAUCUUACAGAUAUUAGCCUGCAUUGUAUGGAUUGCCGUGCAUAAUCCAACUCCCCUUGUAAUACCUUUUGAAGAUGAUACCAUACGCAUACGUCUUGGCCAACACUUUUGGAUGACGCUUUGUUGCGGUAUAGCGUGUAUACUGAUUGCUGCGUUAUUAAUAUUUAUGGAUCUUCGAUACCCGAACACAUUGUCGACAUUUUUGGGUAUCAAUCCACUUACUCAAUACGAUGAAUACGUUGUACAAUUCAGCGAAUUAGAAAACAUAAUGAAAACUGAAGGCGAAGACGAUAACGACAUUAAAAUGACUACAAUUUCCGAUGAUCCAAGGUUACGUUCGAACAGCGUAACGGUAUUAAAGAGAAGGUCGACCAUAAAGAACGCGCAGAAAAUGCUCUUUCGCUAUCCCGUGACCGCGAAUAUUAACAGCGACAAAGAAAACGAAGAGAUGUACAUAAACGAUUUAAUACGGCCAUCGUGUUCGUAUUCAAAGGAAAGUAGUAAAGGAAACGAGGAUCCUCGGCCACCGAUAUUACCAAAAAGGGUCAAACGUACGAAAGUGUUCGUAUAAAUAAAAUUUGUACCC